CUCCAAUAGCACGAAGGAGGGGUUGGCAGAGGAGGGAAGACGGUGCGGUUUCCCAGCCGGUCUGUUGCUGCAACACAGCGGAGGAGGAAGUAGCGCCGCAGUCUGGACGCUGGCGGUCGGGGGAUGCGCCGGCGGUUACUUGCAGUGUCUAGCGCCAUGGAUCUGGACGACGUGCCGGGGGAGCCCGAGCAGUCGCAGUCGCAGUCGCAGUCGCAGUCGCAGCAGGAGAAGUCGGAGGAGAGCACGGUGCAGGAGCGCCAGCGGCUGUGCGCCGAGUUCUCGGCGAUCACGGGCCGCGGCAGCGGCGUGGCUCAGUGCUACCUGGCGGAGAACGACUGGCAGAUGGAAAGGGCGCUCAACUCCUACUUUGAGUCGGGUGUGGACGAGGGAGCGUCGGACGCCGGGCCGAGGUUCCCCCCGCCCGCCGCCGUCUGUGUUGACCUGACAAAUGAACCAACAAUUAAUGUCACCAAUACUGGUGUCGAUAUAGAGAAUUAUGGCCAGAAAGAAGAUGACAGUACAUUUUCUUUAAUUACAUGGAAUAUUGAUGGAUUGGAUAUACACAAUUUGCAAGAUAGGGCUAAAAGUGUGUGUGAAUAUUUGGCUUUGUACACUCCAGAUGUGGUAUUUCUUCAAGAAGUGAUUCCACCAUACUACAACUAUCUAAAGAAAAGAGCAACCAGUUACACAAUUAUUUCAGGUAAUGAAGAUGGCUAUUUCACCGUAGUAAUGUUGAAGAAAUCAAGAGUGAAGUUAAUAAGCUAUGAAAUUACACCUUUUCCUGCUACUCAGAUGAUGAGAAACCUUUUGUGUGUGCAUGUGACUAUAUGUGGUAAUGAGCUUUGCCUUUUGAACUCACACUUCGAGAGCACCAGAAACCAUGCUCGGGAACGGAUGAAUCAGCUAAAAAUGGUGUUAAAGAAAAUGCAAGAAGUCCCAGAGUCAGUUACAGUUAUAUUUGGAGGAGAUACAAAUUUAAGGGACCAUGAAGUUUCUAAAUCAGGUGGCUUACCAGAAAAAAUUUUGGAUGUCUGGGAGUUUUUGGGCAAACCUGAGCACUGCCGUUAUACUUGGGAUACACAAGCCAACUCUAAUUUGGCGAUAGAGGCCACCUGUAAACUACGGUUUGACAGAAUAUUUUUCAGACCUGCAGCACAUGGUUGUCACAUUGUUCCACGAAAUUUGGACCUAAUAGGGCUAGAAAAACUGGACUGUGGUAGAUUUCCUAGUGAUCAUUGGGGUCUUCUAUGUGGAUUUGAUGUAAUACUGUGAAUGUUUUUCAGAUGUGUACAUUUUUAAGUCUGUUGUACAGUUUUCUAUCAGAUUUCUUGCAAAAACUUGAUGUUUUGGAUCUCUUUGGAAGCAUGUGUUGAAUAUCACCUAAGACGCUGGAUCUUCGCUGUUCUGUUAUUGUAUCUCUUUGUAGAUUGUUCCUACAGAUUUUUCGAAAGUCCACUUUUUCCCUCUCUAAGAAUAGUGCUUUUGGAGUUGGCCUUUUUAUUUUUCUUCUGGUCUGUGUGGUUGGUGUGGAUGAAAUGAAGGCAUGGGUUGCUUAGUCUGGUAUUGCUGCUACUGUUGCUAUGAACUUUCUUGGUGAUCGGACUAUGGUUUUCCUUGGCCUUCGACUUCAUUUUGGCCAGGAUAGCAGGAAGAAGGAUAGCACGGGUAAAUGACAGUGAGGAAUGGGAUACAUAUGUUUACAUUCUGUCUGCCUAAAUUAAAAAAGGAAAUAAUGAGUAAUGGUGAAAAGGAAAUGGAAUUUACACAUCACUGUAUUUCCUCUGUAGUGACAGUGUGGGAGGAAAAUGUAAAUGUGGUAAUAACAAUAAUAAUACUUUAACAUAAAUAAUCUUAUCAGAAAACUUCAGAUAAUUCGAUUAAUCCUGCUUAUUUAAUAAUCCAUGAAACAUGUAGGAAUAUAUCUAGUUAAGUCCAUGAAAAAGCUACCUUGUAUUUUUAAUUAAAGAGCAUAAAAGAACCACUGUUGCUAUCUACUUUUGAGUCACAUAGAAUCUAAGCUAAUUUUCUCUCCCAUUAUUUGACCCUAGGACAAAGAUGAAAAAAAGAAGAUUAAAUUCAGGUAGAUGUUAAAAUGAAACCAUUUCUGAACAACGUGUUUUGGAUAAUCUGCUUUCAUGGGUAAAUGAGUCAGUGACCUUGCCCUUCACACUCCUUGCCCUUAAAUUAGUUAAAGAAGUAGACCCAACCUUUGGCAUGCAUAGAGGUUUCUCCUUUAGGUUCUUUGACUUAAAUGCUUGUUUACUUGGAUCUGUUGAAAUUUUGCUAGAUUGUCCUGUUUACCCAACUACUCUGCCUAAAUGUGAAUGAGGAAACUACUUUUUUCUCGUUCAACAGUUUGCAGAGAUUAAGUUGACUACAUAGCAUAGCACUAGAAAUGUUACAUCUUCUCAUCUUCUCUGACUCAGAGUGGGGAAUAUAUUAAUAAGCAAAUCAUCUAAUUUUACCUUGUUUCCCAUCUUCCAAGCCAGAAUAAUACCUUACUGGGUAUUGUGAGGCUGAGUCAACUUUUACAUGCUUUAAGGAUUUGAGAGGAAGUUCAGAUAUACAAAAGAUCCCAAUUAUAAUAACUACAUUUCUUCACCAUUUUAAUUGUUUUCCUUCCUUCUCAACUUAGACUUUGUCUAAGGAUAAAAGGAUUUUAUUUUUGGCUUCAAAACUGACUUACUGAGUGACUUCAAGGAAAUCAUUUCAACACCGCAUGUCAUUUUUUUUGUUUGUUUCCUCAUAGUAUACCAGUGUUGUCUGUGUCUGAAGGCUAGGACCAGGUUAUGGACCAAAAGAGAAGAAAUCUGAAAGAGAGCCAGAAGUCACACUAAGUAUGUGCUCAUUGUGCUCAAUGUUAUAAGUUGUUUGAAUAUGGGAGGAAGGGGACAGAGGGCAGAGCAGAGAAGGUGAAAGACAAGACUGGACUUGUAGAAUUUUGAACUUUUGAAAUAGUGCUCGUUUAUUGAUUGGUUGAUAGGUAUUGACUAUCUCCACCACCUGUUUGACAUUCUACCAUUAGAAAUUAAUUACUUGAAUGAACUUGAUAGCUUUUGGCUUUCUGUACACCUUUAUUAAAAUGUAAACAAUAA